AUGGUAGCAAACGGUAUUCUUAAUAGCAGUAAAGAACCGACAACACGUUGGGACUGUUCGGAUGUGGAUCAAGAAAUGGUUAAGGUAAUUCUUGGUGAACGAUUACGUUUCCCGUAUGCAAGUAACGUUGUUGCGCCAAAUCGAAUGAUGAAAAGCGCAAUGAGUGAACAGCUUGCAACAUACAAUAAGAAUGAUAUGAAGAAGAGUGGUAUACCAACACGCGAGUUGAUUAAUUUGUAUGAAAAAUUUGCUGAUGGAGGUUUUGGGACCAUCGUUACUGGCUGUAUUAUAAUUAAUGGGAAAGAUAUUGAAGCUCCCGGCAAUGUAAUCAUCGAUAAGGAACUGGAUUCUGAAGAACGUCGUAAUGCAUUUAAGGAAUGGACCCAAUGCGCUAAAAGAAAUGGAAGUAUUAUUAUCGCUCAGCUAUUCCAUCCUGGAAAAUAUGCCGCUGAUUUGCCACAUAAAACGGAUUUUAAUAUCAAUAAAUUGACACGGAAACAAAUUGGAGAACUAAUUAAUGAAUAUGCUUAUGCUGCAAGCUAUGCUCAGCAAUGUGGUUUCAAUGGUGUGGAAAUUUCAUGCACUUAUUUCUUUGCUCUUGGUCAACUUAUCACAAGCAGUGAUAAUAUUCGUAACGAUGAAUUUGGUGGCAAAUUGGAAAAUCGUGCUAAAAUUUUAUUCAAAAUUAUUCAAGCUAUACGGAUGAAAAUCUGUAAGCCAAGCCGUUUUGUAAUUGGCCUGAAAUUAUUCUGUGGCAAUUUUGAGCCUGAUUACAACAAUGAUGCAUUUGGUGAAUUUGUUCAUAACGUUGAGAAAACUGGUUUUGAUUAUAUAGCUAUAACUGGUGGACAUUAUGAUUUAAUCAAAGAUCUAAAACGUGGAGAUGAUCCGAAGAAGUGUGAAUAUUUUUAUCAAAAAUUUGUACUUACAAUGCGAAAACAUUUGACGCGAACAAAAUUGUUUAUGAAUGGCGGAUUUGUAACACUUGCGCAAAUGCUUGCUGCAAUUCAUAACGGUUGGGCAGCAGGUGUUUCACUUGCAAGACCUGUAGCUGCUGAGCCAGAUCUACCGAAAAGAUUAUUUGCUGGAGAGGUGAAAAGUGCAACAAAAUCAUUAUUUGAACCAAUGGAUUAUUCCGUUGAGAUAAAAUUUGCCGGAUCACAACUUUGGCAGCAUGGUUAUUUGUUAACUGUAAUGGAUGCAUCAAAUCCUGAUCAUAUUGAACAAUUUAAGAAAGAUUUGCAUUUACAUGAAAAGCAAAAAUUAGCUGAUGAUGAUGAAUUAAUUAUCGGUUAUCCGAAAACAAUUGUACAUCCGGAAUUGCUAGAUGAAGAUAUGCUUAAACGAAUUCAACAACUAUCAAAAAGUACAGAAUCUACUAAUGCUAUGAUAUUAAAUGAAGAACCAGUAGAAAAUGAACCAAUCACAAGAAUGGAUGAUACGGAAAAUGUAAUGAUAGAGGAGGAAACACAUCAUGUAAUGAAGAAACAACUCGAUUAUGGAGCAUCAGGUGAUUUACAGGAAAAUACGGUUGAAGAUUCGAUUCAUACGGUGGUGAAACGACAUGAAAAUUCGGAUGAUAUUGGUAUGGAUAUUAUUGAGGAAACAAUUGAAAAAGUGAUUCUAACUAAAUCAGACUUCUCGGAACCACCUCAAUCAGAACCAGUUGAAUCAUCAGUACUGCAAGAUGCACAACCGGAUGAUAUCACUAGAAAUGAUAAUGAUUUUUUGAAUACUACUACUGAAACACAAGAUGACAGCUUUAGUGAUAUGAAAACUGUUCUUGAAAAGCCAUUCACAGAAGAUUUAAAACUUAGAGAUGAAAUGGUUAGCAAUGUUAACGAAGGAUUGCAUAAAGAAAAUGAAGAAAGGAAUGCAAUAGCAGUAGAUAAUGUGGAAGAGCAACACGAGAUAACUUUACCUUCUAAUGAACAACAAUCAGAAGCGAAAGAAACAGCAGUAGAAGUUAUCUCAGGUUUAUCAGAUAAUGAUAAACCGAUUAUUUCUGGAAUUGUUGAGGAAGUUAGAGAUGCUAACGAUGAUGAUGAAAUGAAAUCCAUGGAAGAAAAUGCCGGAAAUGAAAGUGCAGAAAAUCCAAUUGCUGAAAAUGAGAAAUAUUUGAUGAAAGAUAAAGAACCUUCUGUUGAAGAUGAGAAUUGUGUCAUCGAUGAAAAUGUUGUAGAAGAGGUAAUGCAUAAGGAAAUAUAUAAUAUUUCAGCCGAAAUGACAACAUCAUUUAUGGGUGAUUCAAUGGCGCAUCAAAUUGAACAUUCAUCUGAAAAAGACAAUGAACAAUUUGCGAAUGCUUCAGAGUUUCAUGAUAAUACCGAAGGAUAUCAUGAAAUAAGACAAAGUAAUGAGAAAGAUAAGCAGGAUUAUUUACAAGAUCAUUUUGAAAACGAUGUCAUAGGAAGUCAUACUUCUGAAGGUGUAACGGAAGCUUAUAUUCCGAAAGAUAUAACUGAAGAUCAUAUUUCAGAAGGUAUAGAAGAAGAUUUUUUAGAAAAAACUAAUGGAACUGAUAUGACAAAAGGCUUAACUGAUAAUCAUUUUGAAAAUUUAGACAAUGGUAUAAACAAUGAUUCACGAUCAGAAGCAAUUAUAAGAAAAGAUAUGACAGUUGAUGAUGACAAAUAUCCUCUAGCUAAAGAUUUUAACGAUCAACAUAUAGAAGGUUUCAUAGAAGGUAGAAUUAAUCAAGCAGGAUGGAAUGAAUUGUCAAAUGAAGCGAACCAUUAUAAAGUAUCAUCACCAACAUAUUCAACAUUAUUUGGUUCAACAUUAAUGAGCGGAAAUGGAGAGUCUGUUGUAUAUGAAGAAUACUAUGAUAAACAUUCAGUUCCUGGACAAUCACCUGAUGAAACUUAUCAAAGUGAAAUUUGUGGAAUUCCUAUUGAUAAAGCAAAAGAUGCAAAAAAUGAUGAGAAUUUACUGAGUGGAAAAGUUGAUAUAAAUCAGGUAGAAACGAAAUUUGAUUUUGACAAAUCUGGAAUAGAUAAUAGUACAACAACCCAUAGACAUGGAUUAACUGGAUUUAUUUCAUCAGCUAUACCAGAUUCUGUACAAAGUUUGAUCUCAUCAACAAGAAAUAAAUUUGGUGAGAUGCUCAGUGAAGAUGAUGGAAAACAUGAACCGGAUUUGCAAUUUACAAUGAAGACGGAAGAAAUGAUAGGAGAUGAUGGACGUAGAUAUGAGGUUCAUACCGAGAGUUACAGCAUUUCUAGUGGAAAUGAUAGGUUAUCAUCAGACUUCGGCGAUACUAAAGAAUUUUUAGCCGGUGAUGCUGAUAAAUUUAAGAGUCAUGAUGAUAAUUUAAUUGGUGGAUCUAUUGAUACUCAUCAUUCUACCGGAACUACUAUCACCACUAUUACAACAAUGACAAAUCAAGGUGAUAAGGACACCAAAAGAGAUGGACUGUUUGGAGACAAAAAAAGUACCGAUGAUCUUGAUUUUGAAUUCAUUCAUUAA